AUGGAGAAAAUUCUACGAAACUUCGAAAAGGCCAAAGAUCUAGACGAGAGAUAUACCCCCCCUCCACCUAAAGAAAAGAUGCGUUUUCCUGCAGCAGCCGUGAGGAAAACCAGAUUCGAGAAAAUGGUGAGAUCAGAAGCAGCGACGUCAGAGGAGGAGUCAGAGUCGAGUGGUAGUGACCACUCUACCCAGGAGAUUAAAGAGACGAAGGAGGACAACAGAAAGGAGAAGCCAGAAAGUGUAUGUGUAGACGCCAUGACACUUAUGACAGCAGCCCAAAAAUCAGUAGAGCAGAGCCAAGUAGUCAGUUUACCACCACCACAAAUCUUGCCAGGACCUAUGCAAAUAGCAUACCCAGCCAUGUAUGCAGGAAUUGUGUCAGGAGGAGCCAAACCAGUUGGUUUGCCAAAUGUAGAACAAAAUGGUUCACAAGCGACAACAAAGCAAUUUAUGGGAGUUUGCUUUCAGUGUCAGUCUACAGGACAUCGGGACAGAGAUUGUCCCAGGAGGAUCUGUUUUCAAUGUCAGCAACAGGGACAUUAUGCCAAACAAUGUCCCCUGAGGCAAGCCCAAGUGGAGUCAUGCCUAGUGUGCAAAACACAAGGAGUAAACUUUUUGAGCUGCCAAAAUUGUGUGGCAAUACGGAGAGUCUUGGAAAGCGGUGCCUGGAGGGCAUAG